AUGGAGGAAAAGCGGAAGCACCACAAGAAAAAGAAAGUAGGGAAAAAAGCAAAAAAAAAAAAAAUUAGCAAAAAUGUAAUACAUAAUAAGAAGUAUCACAAAGCGUACGCAUUCAGCGGAGGAAUAAAUAGCGCUCAUAGGAGGAAACAGCAUUUGUUUGAGUUAGAAGAAAAGAAACUAAGAGUUCCAAAGCAUUUUAAGGAAGGAAGUAAAAAUAGUCCACUGAUUGUAGCAAUACAAGGAGCAAAGGGGGUUGGGAAAAGUACACUGUUAAAGAGUUUAUUAAAACAUUAUGUUGGUAUAACUGUGAAUGAAGUGAAUAAUGGUCCUAUAUCCAUUUUUACAAAAAAUGGUAGAAGAUAUACUUUUAUAGAAACAAAAGAUGAUAUACUAGCUAUGAUUGAUGUAGCAAAAAUUGCAGAUAUAUGUUUACUAGUAAUAGAUGGAAAUUUUGGUUUCGAGUUAGAAACCUUAGAAUUUAUAAGUAUUCUAAAUACACAUGGUAUGCCCAAAGUAUUAGGUGUAGUAACUAAUCUUGACAAAUUUAAAGACAGUAAAAGUAUUAGGAAAAGAAAAAAAAAAUUAACUAAAAGAUUUGCAGAAGAAUUGGUUGAAGGAUCGAAAAUUUUCUUUCUUAGUGGUAUACAAAAUAAUAGAUACAACAAAACGGAAAUAAGAAAUUUAUGCAAAUUCUUGUCAGUUGUUAAGAAGCCCUUAAUAUCAUGGCGUGAUCAGCAUGGCUACAUGCUCGCCCUGCGUGUGGAUGUUGAGGAAGCGAAAGAGAAAGAGUUUAGUUAUUCAAGUGAUAUUGUCAGUAAUUCAAGUACAUCCAAUGCUGCCAGUACGACCAAUGGGCGUGGUAAGGAGGAUAAAAACACAGAUCUAACGAACUUUUUAGCAAACGCAAAUAAGCAUAUGACGGUAUACAUAGAAGGGUACGUGUACGGCUCGAAAAUUUACAAAAAUCAAACGAUACAUAUACCUAACAUGGGAGAUGUUAAAAUAGAAAACAUUCAGGUUUUACAGGACCCUUUUAAGUAUGAUGAACAGAAGAAGAAAACAAAUAUAUACGCCCCUAUGUCUGAUAUAGGCAAUGUUGUCUUCGAUUUUGACAAUAUGUAUAUUCACAUACCAAAAAAUAAAAUAAAUUUUACCAGAAGGGAGUUGCUGAUGGGAGGGGAAGAAAAAGAAGAGGAAGGAGAGGAAGAGGAAGAGGAAGGAAAGGAAGGGGACGUAGGGGAUUACAGUGAUUCUGGAAGUGAUGAUGGGAGUGAUGAUGGGAGCUAUGAUGGGAGCGAUGAUGGGAGUGAGGAAGGUGGAGUGUCGAGCAGAGUGAAAGUGGGGUCAAGCGAAGGCAAAGAGCCAUAUGCAAAAGUGGGUAAAAAGAAUAAAGCCCAUACCAAAGGGACGAAUCAAAAAUACAUGACUGAAAGCAUAAAAAUGAUAAGGGAUUUGCAGAACUCGAAAUACAUUUUUUCCAAGCACUCAGAAGAAGGAGAUAAAUUAAUUCUAUUUGAUGAUAGAAAUGAUGAAGAAACAAGAGGAGUAGUGGAUGUAAGGAGAAAAGCGCCCUCAAAUGUGUUCGUUAGUGAAAAACAAAAAAAAAAAAAGCUAGCUGACGAUUAUGUGAAUGAGAAGGCAGAGGAGUAUAACAAGUUGAAGCAUAUUCUGUUCGAGAAGAAGAACAAGGACGAGGAUGAUUAUUACUAUGCGGAGGGGGUUAGCAUCUCUUCCGACGAUGAGAAGAAGUACGGCGAUGGUUGGAAAUACGAAGCUGAUAAGAGCUACAAGGAUGGCGGGAGGAACGAGGAAGAUAAAAACUACAAGGAUUGUGGGAAGUACAAAGAUGAUAAGAACUACAAUGAUGGUAAGCAAGAUGAAAAAUUUAGUAAUUUCUACCGAACCUAUGGCUUGAAGUGCGAUAUCGGGGAGGAAGAAAGUGCGAGCGCUUUUCCUGAUCAAGGUACAGGAGAAGAUACUUCUACGAAUAACAGAUCUGAUGCUAACGGUGUAAUGGAAAAAGAAAGAAAAGUAUGUACCCCCAUUGAAACAACUAUGGACUUGAGAUAUUAUAGUGAGGAUUACAAAAUUGCGGAAAUACUAGCUUUCGAUAACAAAGUAAAUAUUGAUAGUUUUGUAUAUGAUUAUAAGUACAUAAAUAGGAAAAAUAGCUACUUAUAUUACAAAGGUGAUAUUAUUAACAUUUUGAAAGAGGAAAAAAGAAAAGUGCAUGAUGAGAUUUUACCGGGAGACCAAAUAAACAGGUACAUGUAUAAAACUUUGCUAAGUACAGACAUUGUUCAGGAUAAUAAUGUAAACAGAAAAUACAGUUACAUGAACGAAGAUAAUUAUUAUUAUAAUUACCAAGAUACGUUCAAAUGUACAACGGAUAAUAUUUUUAUCUUUAACAACUUGACUGUAUCCCUCGUAGAUAUAGCAGACCAUGCGCUAGUUGAAAAUUUUUUCUUCAUUUACGGUAGCGUGUAUAGCAUGUACUUUGGAAGGGGUGAGCACUCGGAUGGAGAUAAAGGUGGAGAGUUGGAUGGAGAGUUCAGUGGAGAAGUGAAUGGAGAGGUAGACGGAGGAGUGGAUGGAGAGAUAGAUGGAAAAUUAAAUGAAGAUGAGGACGAUCCCAUAGCUGAUCGCCUAUCCCAUCUCUCACCUGAGAAGAGUUGGAAGCGAGUGAAGGCAGAAAGGGAGCUGCAGAUGGAGAAGUACAAAGAGACGGAGGAGGUGGGUGCGUUAAGUAAUGCAUAUGGUUCCGCUGCGAAUAUUGGUGAGUAUGGAAGAAUAGAAAUAAGAAUUGAAAAAAGCAAAUUAGGAAUAUUAAAAAAUGGAUUGAUCAUAUGUGGUGGAUUACAGAGUUAUGAAGAAAAAGAUUCAUAUGUACAUUGUAGAAUUAAAAAACAUAGAUGGUUCCCAAAACUUUUGAGAUCAAAUGAUCCACUCAUUUUUUCAGUUGGAUGGAGGAAAUUUCAAAGUAUUCCAACCUAUUCAAUAAAUGAAAGAAAUAAUGUAAGAAUAAGAUAUUUGAAAUAUACAACAGAACAUAUGCAUUGUAACUGUACAUUUUAUGGACCUUUAGCUGGUGUUAAUAGUGGUAUAUUGGCUUUAUAUAAUUACAAGAAAACUCCUUUUUAUCGUAUAUGUAUUAAUGGUGUAAUAAUUGAAACAAAUAAUAAUAUAAAUAUUAUGAAGAAAUUAAAACUAAUUGGAGAACCAUAUAAGAUUUAUAAAAAUACAGCAUUUAUUAAAAAUAUGUUCAAUUCAGAUUUAGAGGUGUGCAAGUUUAUUAACUGUCCAGUUGUUACUCCUAGUGGAAUAAAAGGACUUAUAAAAAACAAACUAGAUGACAAGGGGAAUUUUAGAUGUACUUUUGCUGAUAAAAUUCGCAUAAGUGAUAUUGUUAUUUUAAAACUAUAUGUUAAUGUAAAGAUAAAGAAAUAUUACAACUACGAUAUUGAAAAUAAAUUAAGAUCUAUAAAUGAAUUGAGGUAUAUAUACAAUAUAUAUGUAAAUCAUACUAGUGGUAAUUAUAGAAAAACACCAUUCAGACAUUUCUAUCAUAGUAAAAUACAUAUCAAUCCUAAGCUGUUAAAGGAAUUACCUUAUAAAACGAAACCAAAAUUAUUUAAAAAAGUACAACAUUCGAAUCAGAUAAACAAAAAGAAAGAACAACAAAAGGAUCAAAUAAAUUUUCAUGCACUUGAAAAUCCAAAAUUAGCUGCACGAUGGUAUCAAAUGUUACAUACCAUUAAAAAGAACAUGAUUGAAAAGAAAAAAGAAAAAUCAAAAUUAGCUUACCAUAACAAGUUAAAAAACAAAUUAAAGAUGGAACAGGAAAAGCAGAAGGUUAUAAAAAGCAGGAAAAAAUUAUCUUACAAGAAAUCCAGGAAGCCCUAG